UGCCAGUGGAAUGGCAUGGCCCGCCAGAUGAUGCAGUUCGACGUGUUUGCCAACUCCAUCCGGCGCUCCCACGAGCUCCUAGCACCCUUUGGCAUUGACCUCGUAGACCUGAUCACCAGGGACGAUGCCAACAACCAGACGAUGGUGUCGCCCCUUGUCUCCAUUGCCGCCGUGCAGGUGGCGCUGGUGUCCAUGCUGAAGACUGUGGGGGUGAAACCGGACGGCAUGGUGGGUCACUCGUUGGGCGAGAUCGGCUGCGGCUUUGCCGACGGGGGCUUCACGGCCGAGCAGACGGUGCUGUGCGCCUACUGGAGCGGGCGCUGCAUCGAGCUGGGCAACAUGCCCAAGGGGGCCAUGGCUGCCGUCGGCCUGACCUGGGACCAGGCGAAGCAACGUUGCCCUAACGGAGUGAUUCCAGCCUGCCACAACGCGGAGGACUCCGUGACGGUGUCCGGCCCAGCCGAGGCGGUGGCGGAGCUGGUGGCACAGCUCAAGGCGGAGAAUGUGUUUGCCCGAGAGGUGAACAGCCUGAACAUGGCCUUCCACAGCCGCUGCAUGCAGCCCAUUGGGCCGGCCCUGCAGGAGGUCCUUGAAAAGGUGGUCCCCGAGGCCCGCCCUCGUACGGAACGCUGGAUCAGUUCGUCGGUGCCGCAGAGCCGCUGGGGGGAGCCGCUGGCCCGGAAGUGCUCGGCGGCCUACCACGUGAACAACCUGAUCUCGCCCGUCCUCUUUCGGGAGGCCCUGGAGCACGUGCCGAAAAAUGCCAUCAUGGUCGAGAUUGCGCCACACUGCCUGCUGCAGGCCAUCUUGCGACGGGCCCUGGGACCGGAGGCGACCUGUCUGGGGCUGAUGAAGCGGGACGUGCCGGACGUGCCGGCCUUCUUCCUGACCUCGCUGGGCAAGCUGCACGCCCACGGGGUGCCCCUGCAGCUGGAGCCCCUGUUCCCCCGGGUGCCGUGGCCCGUGCCCAGGGGUACGCCCAAUGUGGCCCACCUGGUCAGCUGGGACCACUCGCAGUCCUGGUCGGUGGUCACCUACAACGACUUCUCCACCUCGUCACAGGACUCCGAUGAAAUGGAGGUGUUUGACCUGGAGGCCGGGGAGAACGACGGCUACCUGGCGGGGCACCAGGUCGACGGGCGGGUGCUGUUCCCGACCACGGGGUACAUGGUGUUGGCCUGGAUGUUCCUGGCCAAGCGGUCGGGCAAGCCAUACACCCAGUUGCCCGUAGUAUUUGAGAACGUCACCCUGCACAGGGCCACCAUCCUUCCCAAGAGCGAUCGAUACAAGGGCAGAUGUAAAUGCAUCGCCGCUGGGAACCGUGACGGAUGUCUUCGGGCAAGCACGGAUCUCAAGAUUGUACAGCUGCUGCAGGUGGACACCGCAGACGCAGACGCAAAGUACAAAGUAAAAUAUCCGGAAAUGUUCAGCGGACUCUAG